UGUUACAUAGUCUUCUUGUGCGUGUCGCUGUGCGUAAAGUGGAUCGCUCCACCUCCAGCCCGCUCUGUAUAAGCUCCCGCAAAGCUCCUUAGGAGCCAGUUUUACCACUGACUCACGGCAAAGAUGAGCUACGGAGACCGAUACACCUCGUCCUCCUACCGGAAGGUUUUCGGGACCUCUCCCAGGUUUCCUGCCUCCUCCUCCUCCUACAUGAGCAGCGCUCCUCCGCGGGCAUCUCCGGGGCUGAGGUCCCUGGGCGCCACCCGCAACAGCGCGUCAUCCGUGGCCGUGUACAGACGGGCUGGACGGGCGUCCGCCGCUUUCUCUCCGCUUCCCGUAGACACCCUCGACUUGACCCAGACCUCGGUGGUCAACAAUGAAUUCAAAGUCAUUAGAACUAAUGAGAAGGAGCAGCUGCAGGGUCUGAAUGACCGCUUUGCCAUGUUCAUCGAUAAAGUGCGGCACCUAGAGCAGCAGAAUAAAGUGUUGGAGACUGAGCUGGUGACGCUGCGGCAGAAACAGAGUGAACCAUCCCGCGUGGCUCAACUUUACCAGCAGGAGAUGAAGGACUUGCGGUCACAGCUGGAGGAGCUGAGCAGGGACAAGAACCGCAUCCUGAUAGAGAGAGACAACAUGGAGGAGGAGCUGCAGAAACUCAAUGCAAAGUUUGAUGAGGAGGUGAGGGCACGGGAGGAAGCAGAGCAAAUCUUGAGGUCGUUCAGGAAGGACGUGGAUGAUGCUACAGCGGUUCGCCUCAACCUGGAGCGUCAGGUGGAGUCACUGAUGGAUGAGAUCUCCUUCCUGAAGAAGGUCCACGAUGAGGAAAUCCAGGAGCUGAGCACGCUGAUGGAGGCCCAGCAGGUCUCCGUGGAGCUGGAGCUCGCCAAGCCAGACCUCACAUCGGCCCUGAAGGAGAUCCGCAACCAGUACGAGUCCAUCGCCUCCAAAAACCUGCAGUCAGCUGAGGAGUGGUACAAAAGCAAGUUCGACAGCCUCAGCGAGCAGGCCACCAGAAGCAACGAGGCCAUGAGGGCCAGCAGGGAAGAGAUCAGCGAGUUCAGGAGGCAGCUGCAGUCCAAGACCAUUGAGGUGGAGACCCUGAGGGGCACCAACGAGUCUCUGGAGAGGCAGAUCUCAGAGAUGGAGGAUUCUCACAAUGUUGAAGUCACAGCCAUGCAGGAAACUAUCGGCCACCUGGAUACCGAGCUGAGGAACCUGAAGGGUGAAAUGGCCCAACACCUGCGGGAGUAUCAGGACCUGCUAAAUGUCAAGAUGGCCCUGGACAUAGAAAUUGCUGCCUACAGGAAACUUCUGGAGGGGGAGGAGACUCACUUUAACUCAGGGAUGUCAUUUGGCGCAGCCAGCUACAGCUACCAGCCCCAAGCCUCCACCAGCGCAUCCAGAAGCAGCCACAGGGAGAAAGAAGGAGCCACCACAAAGGAAACCUUCAAAGAGAUCAGUGAGGAUAAAGAUGAGGCAGACAUCAACUCCAACAACUAAACAAAGAUAGACAGGCACAUCUGGAGUGAGAAAAACUACUUUAGACUGUAAAAGUGAAGUAAGCUUUUAGUCAUAUGCUGUAAUUAAUAUGUUAUGGGGCUGAUAAAAUGAUUCACAUUAGCAUUUAAAGUCAAUUAACGUAUUUGUUAAAAAAAAAAAAACAUUUUCUAGUAUUUUGAAAGUGAGCGUCCAGUACAUCAUGUUGUGUCCAACUCCAAAAAACAAGACAGAGCAAACAAAAUAGUCUGACACUAGGGGCCUAAAAACUGUAAAUAUGGACAAUCAGCACAAACAUUCUGGGGGCAGAAAUAACAGUCGAUAUGCUUUAGUAAUGACAUAUGUGGUACAGUACAUAUCGUCCUUCUGUCCAUGUUCACAGUGCUGUCACAUGCUAAAUAAAGUCAUGAGACAAGUC